UCUUUUCCACCACUAUAAUUUACUCUAUAAGUGCAAACUAGUAACACUCUUAUUGUUAAUUAUUGGUCUACUUUCUAUAAUACAAUCCUCUCUUUUCAAUUUUCUUCUCUAUAGAACAUUUCCAGAUCAAGCCAUGGAUUCUUCUUCACUAAAAUGUUUGGAGCUAGGGAAGCUUGUGUUGAACUCCGGUAUCUUACACAACUCAUGUAGUAGGAUUUCCGAGGCAUGUGAGUCAACCAAUCGAGAUCAAGAUUCAGAUAUGAAAAUUAAGAUUUACCAAGAACCAGAAUGCACAACUGUGGUUUUUGUAGCACCGAAUUGCCCUUUAGAUUAUCCUGCUUCCAUUCUGCUUUCCGGGCCACAAGAUCAGAAUCAGUUUCAUUUUCUAUGUUCUGAGAAGAUCUCAUCAUUCUCCCUUCACACACCUGCUUAUCAGCUUUUUGACUCUGCCCACAAGAAAAAUCUCAUUCAUGAGCUCAGAUCAGAGUUGCUCGGUUUGCUCAAGUCCAAGAAACAUGUCAUCAUAACCGGAGCUGCGUUAGGGGGAUCUGUCGCAUCUCUCUUUACGCUAUGGCUUCUAGAAUUAAUCGAGCCAAAACUAAAACGUCCCUUGUGCAUCACGUUUGGCUCGCCUUUAAUCGGAGACGCUUCUCUACAGAAAAUCCUCGAGAACUCCUUGAGAAGUUCAUGUUUCCUUCACGUGGCUGACGCUACACAAACUCCCAUAAAGCAAGGUUUCAAGCCUUUUGGAACAUUCUUGAUUUGUUCCGACUCCAAAUAUAUCUGCAUCGAUGACCCUGAUGCCGUCAUAGAGUUGCUAAAGAGUGAUUAUACAGAUAUACUAAGCUGGAGAGACUAUGAACGAGUUCUUGAUCGUCUAACUCAACAGGAGGCGGGGGAUUCAAGAAUUAUGAUCGACGAAGACGUUAUCAACCGCAUGGCGGAACGCGCUGAGAAGAAGAAGCAGCGUUUUGAUCAGCUUAAGAAGCUAAACGACAUUAAAAUAUCGAUGAUAUUUUUAGAGUGGUACAAAAAGAAAAGCAAGAUGGAAAAAACAGGUUACUACGAUCGGUUCAAGGCACACGUGGCGUGUCCUGUUUCACCAUUCGAUAUGGAUAUAGAGAAGCGCAAAAGAGAGCUAAACGAUUACUGGAUAUCACUGGUUGAAGAAGUGGAGAAGAAGCCUCAGAGUAGAAAAGCGCUUCUCAAGACACGGUCUCUCUACUCAGGGAACAAUUACAAACGUAUGGUCGAGCCGUUAGACAUUGCUGAAUAUUACUUAAGUGGUCGGACAGGGUAUAGAGCCUCUGGAAGGUCGCGACACUAUGAUGUCCUUGAGAAAUGGUUUAAGGCUGAAGGACUAGAACCGGUUAGAUGUGAGAAGAGAGAUUUGAGUGAUCUUUUGACGUUUGAUUCUUGUUUCUGGUCUGAAGUUGAGGAAGCUAUGCUUGUAACAAAUACUCUGAAAACUCAAGUGGUGGGGAGAGAGGUGUUGCUGGAGAAACUCGUGAGGUUUGAGGGGUACGUGUGGGAUAUGAUCAGAAAGCGUGAGGUUUCGCCAGAGAUUUUCUUGGAGGGAAGUAGUUUCAUGAAGUGGUGGAGAGCGUACAAGGAGAUCAAAUGUUUUAAUUCUUUACGUUCUGACUUCACCGAGUUUAUGAACAAUAGGUUGUACGAAAUUUAUGGUCAGGCCUGCUGAUGAUGGAUGGUUUAGUUUUAAAACGCUAUUAUUAACUGCUGUUUCUGGAUCAACAUAUAUUUCAGAUCUUUCUUGUUCAAGAAGAAACAAAAGUUAUGGUCAAUAAAAAAACAUGUUACAUUUCA